AUGUCAAUGGUCAUCUAUGCUGAACCAGAUAUGAACAAGAAGGUCAAGUUUGACAGAGGUGAGAUGGAGGAGAUGAUUGUGGAUAUCUACGUCAGUGCAGACACCCUGAGAGAUGAGCCGCAUUGUCAGGAGGGAUGGAGAUUCUUUGACUCCAGUUUGUACUUCCUCUCUACUGAGAAGAAAAUCUGGGAGAGCAGACAGGACUGUCUGGAGAGAGUUGCAGACCUGGUGAUGAUAAACAGCAGAGAGGAACAGACAUUUCUCUUCAACCUCCACAUGAGAGCCUGGAUUGGUCUGACUGACUCUGUUACUGACGGGACCUGGAAGUGGGUGGACGACACAUCACUGACCACAGGGUACUGGGGGACAGGACAGCCUGAUAAUGGUCGUCUGUUCUCUUGGCAGGAGGACUGUGUUGAGAUAUACACUAGACAAGAUGACCUUGUAAAGACAUGGAAUGAUGACAUUUGUGGCACAAAUCAUAACUGGAUCUGUGAGAAAGGGAUGUAACAAUAACCCACAGUAACAAACAUUCUACCUGUCUCUCUCUCUCUGUGUCUCUCUGUGUCUCUCUGUGUGUCUCUCUCUCAAUUAAUUUCGAUUCAAUUAAACAGGAUUUAUUGUCAUGGGAACAUAUGUUAACAUUGACAAAGCAAGUGAAGUAGAUAAUAUACAAAAAUGAAAAACAAUAAAAAUGAGCAGUAAACAUUACACUCACAGAAGUUCAAAAAGAAUAAAGACAUUUCAAAUGGCAUAUUAUGUAUAUUUACAUUGUUGCAACAAUGUGCAAAUGGUUAAUGUACA